UUGGAACCCAAGUCAAAUGAAAGAGCCACAGAUGGUGGUGGUGAGAAGCUGGCAGAGGUGAGAUGUUCCUCAGGAGAGGGGGAAGAUUAUGAUUGUGGCUUGGGAAGCAAGAGACUGGUUGGCUAUUGCAGAGGUCAACAGGGAAGAUUAUUCUUCCCACUGGGCUGAGCACUUCCUCUGUGGAAGUUUAAUAGCUAAUCUACUUGUUGCUUUUCAAUUGGCCCCAACAAUGGUAAGGAAGAGAUCUGGCAUGCUGGAUCAUUGGUCAUGGGAUGGCCCCCUCCACCACCAGCCUCCACAUCAGAGUAUAUAAGGGGCCCUGGACCACCAUUAGGCAUUCAAACUUGGGAAUCUCCUCCUCCUCUGAGACAACUCCAGACCCCAAACCAAUUGACACCAUGGUCAACUCCUGCUGUGGAUCCAUCUGCUCUGACCUGAGCUGCAGAAGAGGCUGCUGCCAAGAGACCUGCUGUCAGCCCAGCUGCUGCUGCAGCCCUUGCUGCCCCCCGACCUGCUGCCAGACCACUUGCUGCAGAACCACCUGCUGCCGCCCAACGUGCUGUGUGACCAGUUGUUGUCGCCCGACCUGCUGCCGGACCACUUGCUGCCGCCCGGUCUGUUGCGUGUCCACCUGCUGCAGGCCCUGCUGCCUCCAACCUUGCUGUGUGCCUAUCUGCUGCAGGCCUUGCUGCCCCCAUCCAUGCUGUGUGUCCAGCUGCUGCAGGCCCUGCUGCCCCCGACCCUGCUGUUUGACUAGCUGCUGCCAGCCUUGCUGCCGCCCAGCUUGCUGCCAAACCACUUGCUGCAGGACGACUUGCUGCCGCCCAACCUGCUGUGUGCCCACCUGCUGCCAGCCUUUCUGCCGCCCAACUUGCUGCCAAACCACUUGCUGCAGAACUACCUGCUGCCGCCCUACUUGCUGUACAUCGUCUUGCUGCUGAAUAAUGUCCACUCCUGCCAACUGCUUGUAAUCAGUGACCAUCCACAUGGAGACCUGAUUUCCCUGCCCCUCCUGAAACUGCCCGGGAGAAGGACUGUGCUUCCUGCCCGCAAUUAGCAAAACUGCCUGACAUGAGACCCACAGACUCCCCCCUUUGGAGCAGGGUCUGGCCUGCCACUCAGCAGGCACCCUCCUCAUCCAGUGUAGGCAGAGACCUCUCAACAAUAUUGAAGCCACUGACCAAAAACCAAAUAGACAGCUCAAUGUCCUCAUUGCAAAGAGGGAAUGUGCCGAUCUGAGGAAGGAAAAUGGAUCAUUCCCCAGGUAACCAUCCAGCUUGGGAAAACCUUUUCUAAGACCACUGUCCAGGCUCCCAAAUCCCAUAUCCUCUGAGUUCGAUAUGCUUUCUUUGUGUCGUGCUCCUCACUCUUGCUUUAUCAUGUCUUGGUGAUGGACUGUUUUCUAAUAAAAUAUCCCUGCCCAGCA